AUGCCUGCUCGCCUGCCCGACGUUUCCGGUCUUCUUGCCCUCCUGGAUAGGUUCCGGACCCCCAAGCGGUCCGGCCUUCCAGGAGGGUCUGCGACUGAAGAAGAGAUUGCCUUCGCCGAGAAGGACUCCCCCAUCAAGGGGGAACGUAUUGCUCCGGGCCCUUGGCCAGAAUUCUCCUCCUCCCCCUCCCCCUCCUCCUCUCCUCCCUCUCCUUCUCUUCCUCCUCUCCCUCUCCCCUCCUCUCCUUCCUCCUCCCCUCCCCCUCGCGCUGGAAAGCGCAAGAGGUGGCUUCGCCUCUUCUCCUCCUCUUCCUCUUCAUAG